AUGGCGUGCCGCAGCAUGUCGCCCAGGGUGGUGACAGUGUCUCGAACUGUCAGUCCUUGUCGUCGCUUGCCAACUCGCCGGGUCUUCUCGCAGCUGCCUGCAAAGGUCGUAUCGUACACCCAGGUCUUCGAACGUCAGGCAGCACAUGGUGCUGCUGGCCGUUCCGUGACUUGUACGCCAGAGGAGCCACACUCGCGACCGCCUCUGCCGAGAUUGCUUGGUCAACGUGGGGGUCAGGAGUCAGUUGGCCAUGGCGCGGAGGCAAAUGCAGUAGCCAAGGAAGAGGCCUUUGACGGCCGCGAGUCCCGUGCAUCCCGCGCUCGACGUGACGGUGGGCGAAGGUCCGGACUGGAGUCCCUGGAGAGGCUUGACCGAAAGCCCCAGGAAGGCUCGAGCUCCACCAUCGACCCUGCAAGCGGCAUGUUGCAGCCGGUCCUGGAUGCACUGGAAGGCUUGAAGAAGGACUUCGAGGGACGCUUCGAGAAGGUCGAUCAGUUGACCUUUCGGAUCGAGGCCAUGGCAAGCACGUUGGAGGCACACAGCUCAGCUCCAUCCGAGGAGGAAGUCUGGGAAGCACGAUGUGAGCAGCUCAAGGAGAUCGCGGACAGGGCCGUAAGUGCUGCGGUUCAGUCGCAACUUUCGCAACGCAUCGAAAAGAUCGAUGCUCAGCUGGGGAUGCUUCUCGCCAUGGAAACGAAGGAGGAUGAACAAAGUGCAGCUCCGUCUGAGAAGGAAGUCUGGGAAGCCCGAUGUGAGCAGCUCCAGGAGAUCGCGGACAGGGCCGUAAAUACUGCGGUGCAGUCGCAGCUUUCGCAACGCAUCGAAAAGAUCGAUGCUCAGCUGGGGAUGCUUCUCGCUCUGGAAACGAAGGAGGAUGAAAGAAGUGCAGCUCCGUCUGAGAAGGAAGUCUGGGAAGCCCGAUGUGAGCAGCUCCAGGAGAUCGCGGACAGGGCCGUAAAGACUGCGGUUCAGUCGCAGCUUUCGCAACGCAUCGAAAAGAUCGAUGCUCAGCUGGGGAUGCUUCUCGCUCUGGAAACGAAGGAGGAUGAAAGAAGUGCAGCUCCGUCUGAGAAGGAAGUCUGGGAAGCCCGAUGUGAGCAGCUCCAGGAGAUCGCGGACAGGGCCGUAAAGACUGCGGUUCAGUCGCAACUUUCGCAACGCAUCGAAAAGAUCGAUGCUCAGCUGGGGAUGCUUCUCGCCAUGGGAGAAAAGGAGGACGCAAGCAGCGCCUAUCCCUCCGACAAGGAGAUCUGGGAAGAGCCUGGAAGGCAGCUGCAGGACAUCGCGGACAGGGCCGUAAAGACUGCGGUUCAGUCGCAACUGUCACAUCGCGUCGAGAAGAUCGAUGCGCAGUUAGCGCAGCUUCUUGCCAUGGGAGAAAAGGAGGAGGCAAGCAGUGCCAAUCCCUCCGAGAAGGAGAUCUGGGAAGAGCCUGGAAGGCAGCUGCAGGACAUCGCGGACAGGGCCGUAAAGACUGCGGUUCAGUCGCAACUGUCCCAGCGCAUCGAGAACAUCGAUGCCCAGCUAGCGCAGCUCCUCGAAAGGCUCAAGGGCGACGAGCCAACAGGCCAUGAGCCAUCAUCUGUUGCUGUGCAGACAGAGUCGGAGUCGGAGGACAAGAGCCUGCGAGAGACUGUGGAGAAGCAGGAGUUUCAACUCCAGCUUGCCGCAGGCGAGAACCUGUGGUUGAAGGAUGAAAACGCGGCAUGCCGAGACAUUGUGCGUCAUGUUCUCGCAGAGAAGAAUACGUACCAGGGGCAUUUGGCGGCCACACAGAGGCAUCUUGGUUUCCUCGGCUCGAACCUGCAGUCCACAAUGCCGGAGGACGGUGCGGAUGAACAGCAAGAUCCAGAGAGAGCGCGGCGUGCAACUGCACCGGGCUGCUGCUGGUAUUCGGAGGUGCAUCUUGGCUCGGCUGGAGACGGGACCUUGGCCGAGCAGGACAUGGUGGCAGCGUACAAGGCCAGCCACCGCGGGAAACGUCCCAAUCCUGAGUACCUUGUGAAUUGGGUCAAGAACCAGCACGACAAGGUGAUCACAUACAGGCAGGCGUGCUGCCUGAUUGCAGCAUCGACCAGGUGA